AUGCAGCUGUGCCCAAUCGCUGGCAAAGAAGCAAGCGAGGUUGAUAUCCAUCUAAAAACAAACCGUUAUUACAUAGUGAGGAUAUUUGGCGGUACCGAAGAGCGGGAACAAUUCCACAAAGAGUGGGACUACGUGCGGGUUCUCCCCCAGGAUGAGUUCCCUCUACCCAGUGUCGCAGGGAGGUUCGGUCCAAUUAGCAACAUCUGGGCCAUCGCCAUGGUCCUACAUUGCAUGAUCACACAAAAUUAUCCGCCAGAACCUCCAGCCGCCUUCGGCCCAAUGAAUGGUCCGGAUGCCACCCUGAUGCCGCAUGGAAUUCGAGCCUUCCGUGAUGUCAAUGGCAACGUGGUAGACCAGUUUUACACUCACGGAAGCUGGCUUCGAGACGCUGAUAUCAACGACAACCAACUUAAGGGGCUGCUCAUCCGAUGCUUGGCAGACAGGCCGAUUGAUCGGCCUGACCCGAUAGAGUUGCAAGCAUACUUGGACAAGGCUGACAAGAUUCUCGCUUGGGACGAUGACCCGGACGACCGAGAGUGGUUCGAAGAGUUGGUGAAUGAGGCUCCUGAGACUGCCGACAUGAUCGAUCCCGUCCUCGAUCUACCAAGAAGACCUAAUACGGGCCUGCCGGCCCAGGAUCCGGGUCUUCCCCUGAGGGCUUCCCGGCUGGGUUUUCUAGCGAGCCUUUUCCGCACGCGACCAUGGCCGCGUAGGCGCGGAGCAUUCGAAGGCCCCGCGGCACCUCAAGCAGCUCGAAAUGGCCCGCCGGGUGACGAGUCGACGGUCACACAGCUCAUGAACGCUGCCGGGGCCGGCAUCCAGGCCAUCUCCGGUGUCUGGUCAACCGCGCAAGCACCGCAGCCAGUGAGGCGCAGCCAGGAGCCGCCUGACACUUCAGCGUGGCUGUUCAACUCGAAUGGGGACGUGUUAUAUCUGAACGCACGAGGACUCGCAGUAUUGGGCCCAUCACCUGAUCAGGGCCCGGAUCCAGCACAGGUAGCCGGCGAGAGAGGAGCGGACCGGUUGCCUAUGUCGCCUCCUGCAACGCCUGCACGACGGUCGGGAGGCCGCAAUGGAGCUGCCGUUCCAAAUGGCCCUGCGAAUGCCACUGUGAAUGCCCCGGCGGAUCGACCUUCCUUUGGUACUCUGUUGCGCCAGUUGAAUAGAGACGGGAGUGCCAGUAGUGCCAGUAGUGCGUCGCCUGGCUCGCAAUCGAAUGGGUUUCUUAGCGACAGGGGCAGGGGCAGAGGGUGGUCCACCAUCUCUCCGGAAGACGAAGUCAUUCCGGACAUCUACAUGGUCACUCGGGACCCGGCGGCACUUAAUGCCUUUGGCCAGCCGUUGGGAGUCCAAGAAGGGCUCGUUGCUCCUGUCACACAAGAUGGGUACAUACGGCAUGUGAUCCCCAUCCCGGCGUUCUCUCCCGGAAGGGCACCACCCCUGCCCAGAGGAGGAUACCAGUACGGCCGAGCAAUGCCCAGUUCCCCCGCGAUCGGCCAGGUCAUACCAGUGGGGCUGUUCACGAUCAGGAUAGACCCGGCCGACCCGUACCUUGGCCCUCCGCCAAACGUUUUUUACCGGGACGUCAACCCAUUAGGCGGGCCACCGGGUGCCAAUUUACGCGCAGACGGCAACUACCCACAGCUCGCAGACCGAGAAGGCCGGGGCCCAUGGCUGCCGAGGGUCAGGGCCUACCGCAUACCGCCAUACGGCAUUUUCGAGAGGCCACCAGAGAGACCACAGGGAUACCGGUACGGCCGGAGGCUGUACAUUUCUCAGGCUGAGCUCCAACGGCUGGCAGACCAGGGUAUUGUGGCCUCGCCGGGUCGUAGGAUCAUCCGGCUGGUCCAUGUUCCCGCGCCCAGAGGGGACAGCUGGGAAAGACCAACCAUCUUCUAUCAGAUGCAGCCCCGGGCCCGGGCCCCGAGGGCACCCAGCGACGAUGACCCGGACCCAACUAUCCUGUAUUGCACUCUGCAAUCUUCAUGA